AUGCUUGUUAAGCGUUUUAAGAGACAGCCUGAUAAACAUUAUUGGAGUAAUGUAGUCGUCAUCAAAAAUGAUGAUGUAGCUCUGUAUAAAGAAAUUUGUAUUUAUUUCACUUUGUUUAAAGGUAUUUCGAAAUUCUACUUCCUUUUGCUUUUCUUAACAUUUUUUGAACCAUUUUGGCAUUCUUUUAAAACUAAAAUUUCUUCACAUUAA